AUAACCGAUGCAACAAGUGCUCUUAAUUUAGUGGAAAAAAGUCACAGAUUUUGCGAGAAAUGUGGAUUUCAGAUUGCACAAAUUAAACCAAAGGAACUUACCUGUUUGGGAAUAACAGAUGACAUGCAAAGUGCGAAUACAAUAACUAAUGACACCAGAUUUGGUCAAAAUUGUGGAACAGAAAACACAAAAAAAGUUUCAGAAGAAAAAAAUAUCUCCGAAGAUGAGUGUUUCAAAGAAAGCUCACAAGAAAAAGAUGUAAACGAGACGUCUUUGACAAUUGCUAGAAGUUAUGGUGAAAAGGCAACUGGAGUUUCUCUUGGUGGCACUUUUUCUGAAGAUUGUGAAUCGUUGUCAGACUAUGAUGACAGCAUUUCGUCGAAUAGUAAUGUAGAAACAUUAGAUGACGAUAUCAUAGAAGAACUUGUAGAUCAAGCACAGUUUGCUAAUGUUGAAGAUGAAAUCAUAAGAAAACUUAGAUCGGGCAAAGUUAAUUCAUUCGCGAAAACUCUUGCUGUACAGGCAAACUUGUUGAAAAAAGUAAAAGUGAAUGUAGCAAUUGCUGGAGAAAGUGGAACAGGCAAAUCAAGUUUCAUUAACGCAUUUCGUGGAGUUGAACAUGGAGAUGAAACGUUUGCCAAAGUUGGCUUUGGCAAUACCACCAUGGAGGUGAACAUAUAUCGACAUCCAAAAAAUGAGCAGAUACUGUUACAUGAUCUUCCUGGGUACAACACAACAAAAAUGACUUUCAAAGGUUUUUUAGAGAAAGUCAUCAUAUCUGACUUUGAUUUAUUUUUAAUAUUUUUCAGAACGGUUCCAACAUCAACUGAUAAAUUGUUUGUUGCCCACCUUCGACAUGCUAAAGUACAAUUUUGUUUCAUAAGGUCAAAAAUUGACGAAGACAUAGAUGAUGCUUUGGAUACUAAAGAAAAACAAAAAAGAAACGUUCUUUUUGAGAUUAAAAAGAAAAUCAAUCAAUCAUGGGACAAAUUUGGAGACAUGAACGAUGCUAACAUCUUCUUUAUUUCAAGUUACGAGCCUUCUGUCGGAGAAAUGGAUAAUUUAAUUUCCUUCAUUGAAAAAAAAGUUGCUCCUGCGAAAUUUGAGGCUGUUCUAUUUUCAAUACCUACUUUAACAAAAGAAGUAGUUCAGAAAAAGUAUAAAGGCUUAAAGAGAAGAGUCUUAUUUUUGGCAAUAAGAUUUGCAGUUUUUUAUUCGGUUGGCCUCAGUUAUGAUUCGCAAAUCAAAGAGGAAAUUGAAAUGUUUUAUCGCGUUUUCGAUCUAGAUAAGGACUUAGCGAAAAACAUCAAAAAUAGGAAACAUCCUUAUUCAGUGGAAUAUAUUGGAAAUGUUUUAACAGAUUUCAGAAGUAGGAAAGGAUCCGACCUAGCCUCAGUGAAUAAAAGAUAUCGUUUUUGUAAAACAUUCUUGAUAAAUCUAUUAAAUGAACUAGCAGAAGAUGCCAAAGCAAUGUACACUUACAUUGUCGAAUACCACAAACAAUAAUAAACAGAAUGAAAAAAUAUGUCGGUGUAUAAGUUCUUUAUUGACCAUGUUAUGGUCAUAAUAAUAAAUCAAAUAUAUAUAUAAUACUUCGAAUUUUCCAUAAA